AUGUGGUCGGAAACGGGUUCCCGUCAUUCUUGCCAUGCUGUCAUUGGUGACCUUGGCGAAGGCUUGUCUGUCGUGGAGAAGAAGCUUGGCGACCCGAAGCCGAUGACCCCCAGCUUCGGCAUUCUUCGCCCGUCUAGAACUCCUGGGAGGCGUGAACUCAAACCGCAACGCCGGGAAUAA